AUGUGCCACUGUGGAGGAUACUAUGGGGGCCUGGGCUACGGCUAUGGCUCUGGUUAUGGCUGUGGAUGUGGCUGCUUCCGUGGCCUAGGCUAUGGUUGUGGUGGCUUGGGCUAUGGAGGCCUGGGCUAUGGUAGCUAUGGCUUUGGAGGCCUGGGCUGUGGUGGCUAUGGCUAUGGAGGCCUAGGCUAUGGUGGCUAUGGUUAUGGCUGCUGCCGCCCAUCUUGCUGUGGAAGGUAUUCUUCCUGUGGUUUCUACUGA